CCCCCCCCCCAUAACCUUUGGGCAAGGCUGGACUAAACUCAAUGCUUUUUUAAAUUUUUCUUUUUAAACGAUUUGCAGAGUGGAGAAUGAAAGCGGAGGGUGCUCUUGCCAAAUACGCCAAUUAUGGGCUGGGUGCUGACAUGAGUGUCUCCCCAGUUUCCCAGAAAUAAGUGUUUCUGCUCAUUUUUUUUUAAAUCUCAUGCCAAAAUCAACGGGGUGGGGAGACAAGGGAGGCCACAGAACGCCAAGUAUGAGGGAAGGUAUAAACACCAUCUCGUCUCAGCCCUGAGCCCUUCUCUCUGACCCUCUGGAACAUCCUCAGGAUCUUCAAGACUGUCACAGUGGGGACCUCUCCCAUCAAAGACCCCGGCAGCACUGAGGGAGAGUGACAACGGGGUGCUGGGAGGCAGGGCCAGGGCCAGUUCUCUCCUCACUUGUAAACUUGUAGAUUCACAGAGAAAAACAAAACUGCAGUUUUAAAUAAAGAGAUUUCUUUUUUCCCUGGGUUUAGUUGAGAAUUCUUUUUUCAAAAAAACAAAAAACCAAACACUAGACCCUCCCCCACAAAAAAAAAAAGAACAAUUCUUACAAAACCACAACAGGUUUCUGUCCUGUCUUCACUACAAAGAUCCCAGGAUGACAACAGACCAGGCUGAACCAUGUUGCUAGCAAUCUGCCCUCUCUGUAUGGGACUGAUGGGACAUGGGGGGCCAGAGGAAAUGAGACCCUUAGCAGUGUACAACCCUAUUCCAGGAGAGGCUGUGUCCAGAGACUGGCAGUGCCCUGGGGUGGGGUGAGAUUGCUGCUUCUAGUACCUGAAGGACUCUUGUCACAUAGGCAGGAAUUCCUGGCAUUCUCUGUGACGGGACCUGGGGGAAGGGUAGAGGGUGCAAGCUCCACCUAGGACAGUGGCCACAGCCGGGGAACGGGCAGACAGAACCAGGAGCCUGCGAAGAAAGCAUGAUGCCAACAGAGGCAGCAGCUGGAGCCUGGGUGCUGGUCCUUGUUCUGUGGGGAGCCGUAGUUGGUGGUCAGAACAUCACAGCCCGAAUUGGAGAGCCGCUUGUGCUGAGCUGUAAGGGAGCCCCUAAGAAGCCACCCCAGCAGCUAGAAUGGAAACUGAACACAGGCCGGACGGAAGCCUGGAAGGUCCUGUCUCCCCAGGGAGGACCCUGGGACAGCGUGGCUCGAAUCCUACCCAACGGUUCCCUCCUCCUUCCAGCUAUUGGAAUCGUGGAUGAGGGGACUUUCCGGUGUCGGGCAAUAAACAAGCGCGGAAAGGAGAUCAAGUCCCACUACCGUGUCCGAGUCUAUGAGAUUCCUGGGAAGCCAGAAAUUGUGGAUCCUGCCCCUGAACUCACAGCUGGCGUCCCUAGUAAGGUGGGUACCUGUGUGUCAGAGGGAGGCUACCCUGCAGGGACCCUUAGCUGGCACUUGGACGGGAAACCCCUGAUUCCUGAUGGCAAGGGGAUCAUCGUGAAGGAAGAGACCAGGAGACACCCUGAGACAGGGCUCUUCACACUGCAGUCAGAGCUGACUGUGACCCCAGCCCCAGGAGGAGCCGCCCAUCCUACCUUCUCAUGCGGCUUCAGUCUGGGCCUUCCGAGGCACAGACCCUUGAACACAGCCCCCAUCCAGCCCCGUGUCAGGGAGCCCGUGCCUCCAGAGGGGAUUCAGCUGUUGGUUGAGCCAGAAGGUGGAAUAGUCGCUCCUGGUGGGAAAGUGACUCUGACCUGUGUCAUCCCUGACCAGCCCCCUCUUCAGAUCCACUGGAUAAAGGAUGGUACACCCCUGCCCCUUGCCUCCAGCCCUGUGCUGCUUCUCCCUGAGGUAGGGCAUAAGGAUGAGGGUAUCUACAGCUGUGUGGCCACCCAUCCUAGCCACGGGCCGCAGGAAAGCCCCCCUGUCAGUAUCAGCACCUCAGUGCCCCCAACACCCAGGCCUCUUCCGCUCCACCACAAUCCUGUCCGGAGAGACUCCAUCCUGUCCACUAACUGAAGGGAGAUGCCACUGGGCCUCCCACUGGGCAGCCCCACCCAAGCUCAAGUCUUCCCUCAGACUACUCUUUGUCUUCCAGAAACAGGCGAGGAGGGGCCAGCUGCAGGUGAGGGGCUGGACUAAAGUCAGAGGGAGGUGUAUGACCGCGGCACGUGCUGGUGACUGGUGUACAGUCAACAGGGGAGGAGUGGCGUGUGCUGGAGCUGUGUCCUCCCUGUGUCCCUACAGGCUCUGUGGGUGGGUCUGGGCUGGGAAUGCUAGCCCUGGCCCUGGGGAUCCUGGGAGGCCUGGGAAUAGCCACCCUACUCAUUGGGGCCAUCCUGUGGAGAAAACGGCAAUCCAGAGGAGAGGAGAGGUGAGCCAAAGACACUUACUGGGGGCUUCCAGGCAGCAAGUGAGAGCUGUCGGGGUGGCCAGCAGAAGGCUAGAAAACUGUUCCUUCUCAGGAAGGCCCCCGAAAACCCGCAGGACGAGGAGGAACGCGCAGAGCUCAAUCAGUCAGAGGACGCCGACGCAGCAGAGAACGGUGCAGGAGGACCUUAGCCGAGCCCAGAGCGCGUUCACAUUGCUUCCUGAGUUGCGCUGGCCCCACGACCCAUGUAUGAGCCCUUCUCCACCUCAGCACACUUCCACAAGCAGAGCCCACCCAACCCAUGCUGAGUAAACACCUAACACUCGUUGCC